AUGCCAUAUCUCCCACCUCAUUUGAGAGGGCCGAACGGUGCAGGUGCUUACACCUCUUACGGACAGUCACCAACCCGUCUAUUGCGUACCGCUGACCGAUCAAAGCCAGAUGUUUUCAUUCGUGGUGGUUUAGGUGGUGGUGGGGUUGGGCGAUGUGCU